AUGCCCGGGAUCGACGAGGCCCAACUGUUUGGCGGGCGAAGCCCUCUGAGUGUCAACGCCAGCAACGAGGACAAGGAGAGAUGGCGCCGGACAACAGUUGAGUACGCUAAGUACCUGACAGCACUUCAUGCCGACGACAUAUAUGUUGGCAACGACUUGAACAACCUUCCAGGUCCAGUCCCCGCCGAAAAGCUCCUGACGGAAUUCAUGAAGUUCUUGGUUGCGAAAGCUGGAGAGGAGGCCCGGCCCGCCUCGGCCGGGACCCUGCCGUGCGUGUGCAAGCAGCUGAACCUGCUUCUCGGACGCCCGGACGCCACCUGCCUCCAGGGGGUUAACAAGGUUGUCUGUUUUAGCUUGGGUACUUUCAACAACGUCAGGGAGGGGGGCAACUAUCCCGCCGCCGAGGAUCCCAGCGAGCCGUACUAUUUCAACGGCGCAGCCCAGGUUCUCCGCCGCCAUGUGGCUGCAUUUCACAUCGCAGCCCUGAUUCAGGGAGGCUACCUGAAGGUUGAUUGGAACACGCUCGUCUACUCUCCCAGACCAGAGUUGCCGGUUCGAAAGAUUGUCACGCAUAGGAGUGAGCCAGCGGCUUGCAUUUGGAGCGGCAAGGGCCAACCUGUGGAGGGUAACACACCAGCUGCAGGCGUGGAAGCUCUACGUGACCUAUACACGAAGCACGAUCGCAACGGAAAGCCGCCGCACACCAUGGGCGAGGACGCUCGAGUCUACCUUCACGUUUGAGGCCGGGAUUGACUCGGAAGUCGAAACUAACCACGUUCACCAUGCGUAGCAUUUUUUGGUUUUAUACAGGUUGAGUACCUUAUCUUACUUUCAAUCCACGCUGUUUUAAGCAACCCUGGCUAUAUAAACGCAAACAUAACUGGCACCUUCCUUCGCCUCGAUACCAACAACU